UUUGACAAUAUAUUUAUUACAGCACGCCCGUUACUUGAAACGUGCUGGUUACCCACUUUCCAUGUAUACAUUAUUGGGAUGGAAGGACAUAUUGAGACCGAUCCGGGACGGCUACCGUCAUCUGUUUCCGGCCCCAGAUACAUGGCCUACGCCUGAACAAAGGAAAAAGCAACGCGAAUUAGACCGGUUGAAAGGCUUCGCUUACUUUGAUACAUUCGAUCAAAUAGAGAGGUGGACAGCGAGAGAUUCCGAUCCUAUUCAGCGAGCCAACACCCCACUGUUGGCAAGAUCGCGGACAGCCGGAUCAGACUCGGAUCAAAAGGCAGCCGUACUGUUGUGCCAUGACUAUUCGGGAAAUUAUCAUGACUAUGAGUCUGUCCAAGGUACUGGUAUUGAUGAAGAGUUCUACACCUGCGAAUAUCUGCAGUACGUAGACAAAUUUGUCUACUUCUCACAUAAGCUUGUUUGCAUUCCUCCCCCCUCCUGGACCAAUACACUACAUAGAAAUGGUGUUCAAGCUUUAGGUACGAUUCUUAUCGAGUCCCAGACCAAGGAUCCUGGCCGUUUACUGUCAUGCAACCAGUCUACAGAUACGCCAGAAUCCAAACGCACUUUUCCAUUGGCCCAAAAGUUAGCCGGUAUCGCUGAGCACUAUGGAUUUGAUGGCUAUCUCGUCAACAUUGAAAAAUCGUUUUCGGAUUCAAAUUGGGAUCCCUCUGUGCUUGAAUCUUUCCUCCGCCAACUCAAAGAGGAUCUGGGCGCGAGCAGAAGCCUCAUAUGGUAUGAUGCCUUGACCAUCGAAAACAAGGUUUCUUACCAGAAUGCCUUGACUCUUAAAAAUGUCGUAUUUAGUCAAGCAUGCGGGCAGAUUCUCACAAACUACAGUUGGAGAGAAGCUGAUGCGCUGAGCUCUAGACAGCUUGCUUCGACAUGUGGGGAAUUGGAUUUUGAGAACGUCGUUUUUGGUGUGGAUGCAUGGGCGCAGAACAAGGCUCCUCUUACUCGGCGACGUGUGACCUACCCUGAACACAAAGGAGGUGGCACAUACUGUGGCAUAGCUGUCGAAAAGCUUUCCAAGAUUGGUCUCUCGGUGGGGAUUUUUGCCCCAGCUUGGACUUUUGAGCACUUUCCUGGCCAGGCCAGGAAAAUCGAGAAAGCUGUGUGGGAGGGUGCUCCGUUUGACGAAGUCUCUUGUACUUGUGGUGAUGCUCACAUCCAACACCCUCCGAACAGGGGAAGGCACAUCACACGAGCUGCUAGAGUCUUCCCGGCAGGAUCGGACAAUUUCUUCUACACCGACUUCAGUCGAGGUUUUGGCCGCCAUGCAAAAUUGGAGGCAGGACUUUAUGGUGGCAAAUUGAUACAUUCGCAACUGUCGUGCCAAUCAAUACUACCGCAACCCUCCAAAGAUGAUAGAGACGGAGAGGAUAUUGCAAACGCUACAAACAUUUUAUCUUACGACCUGGAAGACAUCGUCGGUCAAACACAAUUGAUCAUCAACGUACGAAGUGUCACAUCGCAGAAUGUAGAUGAGAGACAGAGUUGGAAAGAAGCUUGGUUGCCCUUAUACUCACUUGACAUGGCGACUCACGCAGACUUGCGUCUCCAAAUAUCGUUCAGAGUCCUGUUGAAAGCUACUGAUGCUUAUCCGAGUUUCUUUCUAGAAUUUUCUAACGGUAGACAAACGAUACCUUGUUCACAUGACAACUUGGUUGAAUUCACGAUUCAGCCCCCACACAAGACUGGAACAGGCGGACGACUUCUUGGAAUAGGGAUACAUCUGCGAGCGCCUUAUAUCAGUGCAAAAAAAUGCCGCAUCAUGGAGGUUGAGAGCAUCAAAAUUAUGCCUCGAUAUGAGCAAACUUUGACAGAUACUGCUACGAUUGAUGAUCUAAAGAUAGUCGAAAGCAAAUACACAUAUGGCGUAUACUGGCGGUUGUGUUGGACAUAUACGGGGGACAAGCCUGCUGCUCACGGCUUACCGUAUAGUGCGGUCACUGGACCAUUUGCCUAUUUCUCAAUUUGGGUAGACGGACUCAGCAUAGGCCGGGCUCAUGCUCUGGAGCAUGUUCUUCCUGAUGUUCUGAUGAAGGAUCGUACUGAUGACGAAGUGAGCGUUGAAGUGAUUGGUAUAGGGUUUGAUGGGGGAGAAGUCGCACGGAGAUGCUUGAAGUUGCGGCACAGGAAUAAUGUGAAAUAA